AUGCCGGCCGACAUUCGAAGCUUCUUCGGCGGUGGGCCGCCAAAGGCAAGCCAGGGCAGCGAUGGCACGCCGAAGAUAGACGAGAAGCCUGCUGCGAAAAAGGCGGCACCCAAGAAAGGCCGUGCAAGCCGUGUGGUUAUAGAAGAGUCCGACGACGACGAGGUUGAAGAAGUCAAACCCAAGAAAGCGACACCUAAGAAACCUGUGCCAAAGAAACUGAAGCGUGAACCUACACCCGAACUCGAAGAGACCACCACAUUGGACUUCUUUGCGAAAUCGAACAAGCCGAAACGCAGCGAACCAGUCAAGAAGGCUGUUGAGAGGUCCGCUGAGACUCCCAAGGCCACAACGAAGAAGGCGGCUGGACGACCGCCGAAGACUGCCACACCAGCAACAAACGGCAAGACAUCAGGGCGAACAAAGAAGCCAGUGACGUCAUACGCGGAGCGUGACGAUGGAGAAGAGUUUGGCGAUGAUGAUCUUGACAAUGCGGACGACAUCUUCGGAGACGAUUACAAGGGCAAGGGCAAGGACGACUACGCCGAAGAUGUGGGCAGCGACGAUGACCUGCCAGUCAAGCUUCCACACCGAGGAACACCAGCGAAGCCCGCGAAACUUCAGAAGAAGAUCAAAGACGAAGAUGACUUUGAGCCGGAACAGGACGUUGACAUGAAUGACGUCGAUGACGAGGAUGACUUUGUGGAGCCAGAUGCAGAGGAGCAAUCAGUCAAGAGUGAGCCAAAGAAGACAACAGCUGGGCGAAAGCGCAAAUCACCAGAACCAGAUCUCAAAGAAGAGGAAGAAUCAGAGGAUGAGAAGCCAAAGAAGAAGGUCGCAAAGAAAGCAGCACCUGCUAAGGCACCGGCGAAGAAGAAAGCAAAAAAGGAGGACGAGGUCGAGAGCGCGGACAUUCAAGCCAUCUACGACAGUAUCCCCACCGUACGAGCCCCUACUCCACCACCUCAGGACGCAGACAAGAAGUUCGACUGGAGGGCGAAUGCCGGUCGCAGUGAACCAGCGCCUCUCGGCGGUGGAGACUCGGAGAUGCCUUCUGGAUCUGAGACGUGUCUUGCUGGGCUCAACUUCGUCUUCACUGGAGUGCUGCAGAAGUGGGGUCGUACGGAAGCACAAGAGCUGGUUAAAAGACACGGUGGCAAAGUCACAGGCGCGCCUAGCAAGAAGACAAACUAUGUUGUCCUUGGUUCAGACGCCGGCCCGAGCAAACUGCGGAAGAUCCAGGAGAUGAGCAUCAAGACGAUUGAUGAGGACGGCCUGAAAGUGCUUAUUGAAAAGCUCACGGAGGCUGGAAACAAAGGCGACUCGAAAGCACAAGCGGCACACAAGGAGAAGCUGCGGAAAGAGGAAGAGCAAAUCAAGAAGCAGGCCGCUGAGCUCGAACAACAAGAGAAGCAGCGCCUGCGGGACCUUAAGGCCGCACAAACAGCCAAAGCAGCUGCAGGGAAGGCGGCUGCUCCUGGUAUCACUGCUGCUGCACAAGGUGCUGGCCCUGGCGUAGACUCCCGUUUGUGGACGACAAAGUAUGCGCCAUCGUCGCUCAACCAAAUCUGCGGCAACAAAGCUACAGUGGAAAAGAUCCAGAGAUGGUUGCAGAAGUUCCCAAAGAACCUCAAGACUGGGUUCAAACUUGCGGGCGCCGACGGCAGUGGCGUUUUCCGCGCAGUCAUGCUUCACGGACCACCAGGGAUCGGCAAGACGACAGCAGCACAUCUGGUCGCCAAGCUCGAGGGCUACGACAUUGUCGAGAGGAACGCCAGUGACACUCGAAGCAAGAAACUCAUCGAAGAGGGUCUCCGUGGUGUGCUCAGCACGAACUCGCUGCACGGCUACUUUGCUGGUGAUGGUCAGAAAGUCGUAGCGUCCAAGAAGAAGCUAGUUCUAAUCAUGGAUGAAGUCGACGGCAUGUCGGCCGGUGACCGCGGCGGCGUAGGCGCUCUCGCCGCUGUCUGCAAGAAGACGGAGGUCCCCAUGAUUCUGAUCUGCAACGACCGCAAGCUGCCCAAGAUGAAGCCUUUCGACUUCGUCACAUACGAUCUACCAUUCAGACGGCCUACUGUCGACCAGAUCCGGUCUCGCAUCAUGACGAUUGCUUAUCGGGAAGGGCUUAAGAUGCCCACGCCUGUCAUCAACGCUUUGAUCGAGGGUAGUCAUGCUGACAUCCGCCAAGUCGUCAACAUGCUUUCCACAGCCAAGCUAGAUGAGGAGGCCAUGGAUUUCGAUAAAGGCAAGCAGAUGAGCAAGAGCUGGGAGAAGCACGUCAUUCUGAAGCCAUGGGACAUUACUCAGAAGAUCCUGGGUGGCGGCAUGUUCGCAUCAAGCAGCAAGGCGACGCUGAACGAAAAGAUCGAGCUCUACUUUAACGACCACGAGUUCAGCCCGCUCAUGCUUCAGGAGAAUUAUCUUGGCACGAAUCCGAUCAGAGCCGCGGGAUACGCUGGCAAGGAGUCGAAUCUCAAGAAGCUGGAACUCGCGUCCGAAGCGGCUGAUAGCAUCAGUGACGGAGACCUGGUCGACCGCAUGAUCCACGGCUCUCAACAACAGUGGAGUCUUAUGCCAACACACGCAGUGUUCAGUUUCGUCAGGCCUGCAAGCUUUGUUUCCGGCAGCACCGCUGGCAACCAGACUCGUUUCACGUCAUGGCUGGGCAAGAACAGUAACCAGGGCAAGCUCACGCGUCUGGUCAAGGAGAUCCAGGCUCACAUGCGCCUGCGAUCGUCUGGCGACAGACACGAGGUUCGACAGCAGUACAUUCCGGUGCUGUGGGCGGAAACGAUCAACAAAUUGCAGAAAGAGGGCAAAGAAGCAGUACCGGAUAUCAUUGAGCUCAUGGACAGCUACUUCCUCACGAGAGACGACUUCGAUGCCAUCAUGGAGUUGGGUGUCGGCCCGAUGGACCAAGAAAAGGUCAAAAUCGAGACACAGGCCAAGGCCACGUUCACACGGCUAUACAACCAACAAUCUCACCCUCUGCCGUUCAUGAAGGCAUCGUCGGUAGUGGCGCCGAAGAGGCAAGCCAAGGAAAAGCCCGAUCUUGAAGAAGCGAUUGAUGAGUCGGAUGAGGGCGAGGUUGUCGAGGAGGUCAAGGACGAGGACGAGGAUGUUGACCUGUCGAAAGACAAGUACGUCAAGCAGCCGAAGAAGAAGGCUGCGCCCAAGAAGAAGGCUGCGGCAACAGGCAAGGGCAAGGGCAAGAAGCGGGCGAAGGAGGACAGCGAUGACGAAGAGGAGGAGGAAGUGAAGCCAAAGGCAAAGGGCAAGGGCAAGGCAGCCGCGACAAAGGCGAAGAAGCAGUGA